AUGGUGUUAUAUGAAGAAGAGAAGAAAAAGCCUAAGAAAUCGAAGAAGACAGAUGGUGGGUCUUCGGAAAAAGUGGUGAAGGCAGAAAAGAAGAAGAAAAUUCCAGUGGUUACAGCUGAUACUGUCGAAGAGGUAUCUCCAAUUUUAACCUCAGUGGUUGAUACACCAAUAAUCGAAGCGUCUCCAUUGACAGAAAUGAUUCCUUCGAAGACGGGUGUUUUUCGAUGUAUCAAAAUAAAGAGAAAGUCUCAGCUGAUGAAGAAAACACAAGUCACACAUCAAGGGGUCACAGUUCGGGAAAUUCCAGCUCCGAAUCAAAGACUUGAAGAAGUUGAGCAAGUUCAUGAGACACUAGAAAUUAUACUUCAAGAAGAAGCGAAGACCAGUCCGCCUGUUGGUCUAUCGAAGGCUGCUGUUUCGAAGCCUCUUGAAAUAAGUUCACUACCCCAGGUUACAUCCACAACUGAUUCUCCCACAUUUCAAUUUAUUAUGGAUCAACCAUUCACCACCAUAUUCUCAACUCAAUCAACUAAUCCACCCCAUCCAUCCUCACCUAUUAAUGAAAUUGUGGCUGCUGAUGUUGAAACCGAUAAUGAAGGAUUUGGAGGAAUGUUCAAAGCUCUUCAUUUUGAUCAAGCCGAAGAAGAUUUCCCUAGCCACAUGUUGAUGACCAUGAAGCAGUUUAAGAUUUUGAAUUUGAAAUUGAAUUCUAUCUUGCAAUCCCAAGCAGAUGUGGGCAGUGGUGGAGUUACAAGCAUGAAAGUUGAUUCAUUAAUGAAGGUGAUGGAAGGAAGGGUGAUUUCGAAGGCAUCAGGGUUGAUUAGGGAUUUGGAGAGUCGAGUUCUUGAGAAGGUUGAUAAGAAUGAUAUUUCUACAGAGAAUCGAAUCAAUUCUCUGAGAUCUGAUUUUGUGACGGAAUUAAAGGAUCUAAAGAUUGUUACGAAGGAGCGUCAUGUUCUCUUCGUACAAGAAGUCAAGAAGGUGGUGACAAAACCAAGUGUUAUUCCAGCAGGUCCAGUUACUUCGACUGUGAUCACAACAAUUCCACUUCCAAAACCAAGUUCAAAAGGUGUUGUGAUUGGGAAGCAAGCUGAUGUUUCUUCAUCCGGAAAAAUGGUUUUGUCAAGCGUCGAAGACAAGGGAAAAGGAAUUUUGGUUGAGAAGACUAAACAAGAGAAGAAAGCUGAGGUGGCAGCUAAGGGGUCCGUACUAAGUGAUUACAGAUAA